AUGGACCUGAAAUACGGUGAACAUAACCGCCAGUCGGUACGAGUAUAUCAGCCACCUAACAAGGAUAAAAUCUCAGCGUGCUGUAUUUUCAUCCAUGGAGGAGCCUGGAGAGACCCUUCAAACACAGCGGCAGACUUUGAUGCGUUUGGCAAUGAGUUAUCAAAAACGGGAAUAAUUUGCUACAGUGUUGACUAUCGAUUGUCACCCGAAAUUAAGCAUCCUGAACACCUGAAUGACGUUUUGAAAGCUCUUAAGUUCAUUCACUCGGAGAUCAAUGACUUUCCAUGUUGUUUGAGCGGGCAUUCUGUUGGAGCUACACUAGUUCUUCAAUCAUUACAGCAUUCUCUGCCGCUUAACAUCAUGUUGGUAGUACUACUGGAUGGAAUCUACGAUCUUCCUCAAUUGGUUCUAGAGUAUCCUGAUUAUCUCUCCUUUGUUACCGAGGCCCAUAAAGAUCGAGACUGGGAGACGGUAACCUUUGAAGCCGAAGAAUUGCCUCAAACAAACUUCUUUUUCGUGCAUAGUACUGCGGAUGAACUGCUAUCUCCUCGGCAAACCAAAUUGUUGGUGAACAAACUGGAACGUAAAUUUCCUUCUUCCGUUUUAAGCGUAAUUGCAGAUUUCGGUUCUCAUAAUUCGGUUUAUCAAGAUACAAAAGUGAGGGCCCUACUUCUCGAACAGUUGAAUUUCAACAAUCGUCCUAUGCCGCCACUCGACGAGAAGGCUUAUAGCCUGACUACAGAUAGCUCUGCUUCUGAUUCCUACUUACGAUAUAAUGAAAAGGAUAGAAACCCAAAUAUAAUCUUGGACACGGAUCAGCAUCUGGAAGGUACGGAUGAUACUACUCUUUUGCCGGUAGAACAGACCACCUUGAAAACUGUUUCAAUAAAGAUUGAACAGCUACUACAAAACUGUGAUAAUUUUGACACGCUUGAUCCGAAUGCUAAGUCGGAGGUCAGUAAUCAAUUACGGCAAUUGCUGGUUGAGCCAAAGUAUCUCAAUGGUUUCAGAAAAAAUGCAGCAGCACCUAAGGCCUUUAAACGGUUAUUCAGAGCACAAGAAAUUAAAGAUAGCAAUGAACCCAUUACGAAUAUUGAAUUCAGUCCCGAUGGGAAAUACAUGGCAUCAUCUGGGGAUGAUGGCGUGCUGAGAGUUUACAAAGUCAUCUCUAACCUGAUCGAAAGAAUAAAUACAGAAUACCUCGAUCACAGGGAACAUUCAUCUACGAAUCAGCAAAUAGCCUCAGAUAACGAGUCUUUAAAAAACGGGUCUUCCAUUCAUAUGGCCCCUGUUUUUUACAGCAAACCUUAUAGGGUUUUUGAAGGCCACUCAGCUAAAAUUCUAUCCCUCAAUUGGUCUCAGAAUAACUUUAUUCUAACCGGUUCUAUGGACCGAACUGUCAAUUUAUGGCAUGUUGAUAGGGAUCAAGUACUUGACUCCUACGAAUUGGACGACUUCGUCACAAGUGUCAAAUUUCACCCCACUGAUGACCGGUUCUUUCUGAGCGCAACACUUUCCAAGACUUUAAGCUUCUGGUCCAUACUGGACCGAGAAGCCCUUUACAAGACAACUGUUUCUGACUUGAUCACUGCAACAUGUUUUUCUCCUAAUGGUGAGCACUUACUUGUAGGUACAUUCUCAGGUAAAUGUAUCUGCUUAGUAACCCGUGGACUUGACGUUGCCUACGAGUUUGAUCUCAAAAAUUAUACUAAGAGAAGGCAUGCCUCGUCAACAGGAGAAAGUGGAUCAAAAAUUACUGGGAUAACUAUACAUUUGGCUAAGAACUACAGUCCCAUCGUAGUUCCAUCCCCAGCUCCAGUACCACAUAUACCGAAUGGUAUGGAUUGGAAAGUUAUAAUUGCCAGAAAUGACUCCACCAUCAGAAUGUUUAGUUUCAACAGUAGGUCUCUGGAAGUCAAAUACACAGGCUACACCAAUAGCUCUUCUCAGAUAAAACCCCAUCUAAGCGAAGAUACCCGAUAUCUGAUCAGUGGCUCUGAAGACCAUUGGUUUCGAAUUUGGCACUUCAUAGACAGGAAGAAACUGACCCAAGCAUAUAAGGACAGGUAUAAAGACAAAUCUGGUACCAAGAAAUAUCUGCUCUCGCAGCCUAAAGAAGCGGAGAAGAAAAGAAGGUUCAGUAUUUCCAGCACUUUGGAUACUUUCAAAGAUGGGUACUGUCUGUACAAAGAAAAGAACUGCAUAUCCUUUCAUGCCCACCAUUCUCAAUGUAACGAUGCGGUAUUUGCUCCUAUUGAAAGCUCAAGGAUAUUGGAACGCAGCAAUGACUCAAUAUUUUUACUCUAUUAUGCUAUUGACCCUAAGAGACCACCUCCAGACCUUGCAUCAUCCAUAAUAGUUUCUACUGAUAAUCAUGGGCUGAUAUCAGUCUUCAGAAGAGAUUUUGCAUAUAAUAUUAAACGAGAGCUUCAUUCAAAAUAUUCCAAUGUGUUAAACUACAAUAAUUCAACAACUUGCCCGAAGGAAGGAUCAGUGAUUGCGAGUUUGAUCAGGAAGGUUGGCCCGUCCAGUUCACGUCAUGGCAGAAGUCGUAGUGUUAGCCAAGAACGGAGUACGUUCAGCAUCACGUGA